GAAUCUUAGUAUCAUUAGAGAAGAAUAUGCUCCCAUACGGAGCAAAGAAAAAAUAAAAGGAAAAGCACACUCUUCAACAUUUGCAAGCGAAGCCCAUAGGAAGAUCGAAGGAAAACACAAAAACCGGUGACUCAUAAUUUCCUAAGUCUAUGAGCCCAAAAAACAAACAAGAAACGUUUGACCCUGCCCCUUGCCUUAUAACUUAUCUGAAAGUCGGAAACCGCGUUCUCUUUUUCCAUAAAUUCCUUCUUUUAUUUGCCACUAACUGCCAUCCACAAACUCAAUCUAAAAAAAGAAGCUCCGCCAUGCCGUCAGCUUCCCACGACUCUCCCAGCGGUGGUUCGCCACCGCCACCGUCGAAACCAAAGGGAAAGUUCCUGUCUUUAAUCCUGAAAGCCAUAAUCAUGAUGUUUCUCAUCUCCUUCUUCUUCCUCCUCCUCCCUCUAGCCUCUUUUCUCCUCCUCCUUCCUCUUGUCCUCCGUCACCAGCGCCACCGCCAUAGCCGCCACGCUCAUCCCUCGCCUGGGUUUUCUCCAAAACAGCUCAAAAAGCUUCCCCAAUUCAGAUUCUCCAAGGAAACAAAAGCUACCUAUUUGGAAUUGGACCCUUGUGUUAUUUGCUUGGAUGGGUUCAAACAAGGUCAAUGGUGUAGAAACCUUGUUGGGUGUGGCCACUUGUUUCAUAGGAAGUGUUUGGAUGCUUGGUUAAUGAAAGUUCCUGCUUGUCCAAUUUGUAGAGCAAGGGUUUGCUUGGAUAAUGAUGAUAAAUGCAUUUGGGGUUUUGGUUCAAGGGGAACAGACUUUCAGGGUUUGUUAGAUAUAAUCAAAAUGAGAAGGGAGAUGAUAAGGAGAUUGUUAUGCUGGAGGAGAUUCUAUGUGUGCUUUCAGGUCUUUCUUGACAAUUUGAGAAUUCAGUGGAGAUUUGGAAGAGACCAAGGUUCAAGUCUAGUUGCCAGUAGAACCAAGGGCCACGCAUUUCGAAUCUUGGCCAACCCUAAUGUGUCUUCAGGGAAGGGAGAUCCAGGUAAUGAAGUCAUCAUGGUUGACCCUUUGGAAGCUAAACGAUUAGCUGCUAAACAAAUGGAACAAAUUAAAGCUAAACAGAAAUUCAAGAGGAGACGCCAAAUAGAAGCAAUUAAUGGGGCGUGGGCAAUGAUUGGUCUUACAGCAGGCUUAGUUAUUGAAGGUCAUACGGGAAAAGGUAUUCUAGCACAGUUGGCUGGUUAUUUGUCAGCGAUCAUCCAUGUUUUUGUGGGAUAGGCUUGUUCCCUUGUGGAUGAUUUUGGGAAUGCUGGCUCAAUCAUGAUACUAUUUUUUUCACAUCAAGAAUAUAAUAUUAUCAAACAGAUGCUCUUUCAUCUUAUUCACUUUGUAACCCUUUAUUUGGUAUGUCCCCUGCUCUUUCACCAUCCCGUUUAUAACAAACUGUAAUCAUUCUUUAUGAAAAAUGACAUCAUUCUUUCUUCUGGCUCCAACUACUUGUUGCUGUAUUGACUUUGGUAUAAGCGAGAAACUUGGUGGAAAUUUUUACCCAAUAUCAAAUAACAUAUUUUUAGUUGGAUUCUUGGAAGUUGGAACCAGUGAGUUUUAAUUUCUAAUCUAAGAAGAGGCAAAUUAUUUCAGUAAAAUACUUGCUCUAUAUAUUUGCAUGUUAACACCAAACGGAUUUAGAUUACAUUUCUUUAUAUCUGUCACGAUUCAAUUCUAAGCUAUAUAUAUGUCACUUGUGUGCUUUGAUAUUUAGUCUCAAGAUCUCCAGGUUUAUAUCUUCAUAGGGCUUGAUCUACUUCCUUAAUACAAAUCCGAAAUUCUUUUCUUUACUGCAUAAUCUUAAGCACCAGGGGAUUACAUUUUUCACAUAAUCAAUCUAGUGACAGAAAAUUCCAACUCAGAAAAAGUCCCUUUCGAGCUGAGGAUGUCACAAAUAGUAUUAAGUAUGACAUGGGACUACUAAAAAUCCUGGAUCUCUGUAAACAGUGAAAAUGCACAUUGGUUUCAACGACCAAGCUAAUGGUUUUAGCUGCUUGCGUGCGUGGUGAUCGUUCCCCUCUCGUUAUGUUGAAGAUAAACGUAUUUGUGCUCAUUGCUACUUCGAAUAAAAAAUAAAGAUAAAAAGAUCUUGAAAGCUAGUAUAUAUACUGUGCUCCCUUCUUGCAAUGGAAAAUUAUAUUCCUCUGGUUUUUUUAUUUAUCGGCAUUUUUAGCAUAUACAUACAGAAUCUACCUCAAAAAUGGGAUGCUAACGGCUUUCAUGGCAGUACUUUUAGCAGUAUUUCAGUCCUAGACAUAAUGGACGCAAAACCUUUAUACAACCCUUUCCCAGUCAGGUGGGUAUGGAAAAAAUGUGGUCUCAAACUUGGGCUGCCAUGAGCCAACCCCAUUAACAAGGUUAAAUUCUUUUGUUCCUUUUUUCUUAUUCACAUGAGGCAAAAACUAAUUGGUGGGCGGUGGCUACAAUAGUGUAAUUUGCAGAAUUUUUUUUAUUUUUAUUUCUCGUUUCUAGUUUAUCUCUAAACCAUUAUCUAAUAUUAAGUCAACUAAUUUAAACUAUCAAUCAGCAUGUAAUUUUCAGUAUUAAAUAAGCUAUUAACUGGGUUUGAGUUUUCCAGUGGUCCCUCUUUUAUUUCUAAAUUUACCUUUUCAUUCGUAAAAACAUGAACAGUACUGACGGCAGGAGCACCGACCAUCACGCAGCCGAAGCAUUAGACAAAGCACUUAAUGAUUCACAAGGAUGUGGCGUUAAAUAUCCUGCAAGAUAGGGUCUUAGGCUGUAGGGCAGUGCUAGGCGGCGAUGGAUCGAGGUGCUGACUCUGCAAUAUGUUACUAGGCGGCGAUGGAUCGAGGUGCUGACUCUGCAAUAUGUUACUACUUCUUUAUCUGGUUUAAGUGGCAUUUUUAUCCAAUUUGCUUACUGUUUCAAUUCAAUAAUAAAUGAAGAUCGGAUAAGGCGGUCCAUGGGAUAAACCAGCCAAUUGCUGAAGGGAGGUCUUACAUGGAUUCAUGAUUCUUUUUAACUGAUGUAGACCACUUCAUUUUUUCCAGGAUUGCAAUUUUUCCAGUCAAAGUGGAAUUGCUUGAAUUGGUCCAUGGGUCACUUUGAGCC